CUCUGGGGAGGGCGCGGACGGACCCACGGACCCUGUCGGGAUGGGGAGUGUGGCUGCUCCGCCAGGGUCCUGUGGGUGGGAGAGAGGCUCCGCGACCGCUGGUGGCCGGAGUCCCUCCGUGUUGUGCUAGAGAUGCUUUUCCUCUCGGCUCUUGGGAAAGCUGGUGCUGCUGCUGCCUGAUUCCAGCCGACAGAUCUUGGGACCGGGACCGGGGCCGGCGCUGGCGGCUGGAGAUGGCGGACACGAGAUCCGUGCACGAAACCAGGUUUGAGGCGGCGGUGAAGGUGAUCCAGAGUUUGCCGAAAAAUGGUUCAUUUCAGCCAACAAAUGAAAUGAUGCUCAAAUUCUAUAGCUUCUAUAAGCAGGCAACUGAAGGACCCUGUAAACUGUCGAGGCCUGGAUUCUGGGAUCCUAUUGGAAGAUAUAAAUGGGAUGCUUGGAGUUCACUGGGUGAUAUGACCAAAGAGGAAGCCAUGAUUGCGUAUGUUGAAGAAAUGAAAAAGAUUCUUGAAACUAUGCCGAUGACUGAGAAAGUUGAAGAGUUGCUACAUGUCAUAGGCCCAUUUUAUGAAAUUGUAGAAGACAAAAAGAGUAGCAAAAGUUCUGACUUAACCUCAGUCCGACUGGAGAAAAUCUCUAAAUACUUAGAAGAUCUUGGUAACGUUCUGACUUCUACUCCAAAUGCCAAAACUGUUAAUGGUAAAGCUGAAAGCAGUGAUAGUGGAGCUGAGUCUGAGGAAGAAGAGGCCCAAGAAGAAGUAAAAGGAGCGGAACAAAGUGCUAAUGAUAAGAAAAUGAUGAAGAAAUCUGCAGAUCAUAAGAAUUUGGAAAUCAUUGUUACUAAUGGCUAUGAUAAAGACACCUCCACUCAAGAUAUACAGAAUGACAUUCAUGCCAGUGCUUCCUUGAGUGGGAAAAAUGCUGAAGAAAUAAAGGCUGUAGAUGAAAAUUUGGAGCAAACUGGAAAAACUGCUGUCUGCAUUCACCAAGAGAUAAAUGAUGAUCAUGUUGAAGAUAUUUCAGGAAUUCAGCAUUUGACAAGUGAUUCAGACAGUGAGGUCUACUGUGAUUCCAUGGAACAGUUUGGACAAGAAGAGUCUUUAGACAGCUUUACGUCAAACGGCAGACCAUUUCGAUAUUACUUGAGUGGUGAUCCCAAUCAGCCCUUGGAAAGUCCUGGUUUUCCUGAAGAUGUUCAAGGAUCUCCGGGAAAUGGCAACAUUGGGGAUAUGCAGGUGGUAGCAGUUGAAGGAAAAGGUGAAGUAAAGCAUGGAGGAGAAGAUGGCCGAAGUAACAGUGGAGCACCACACCGUGAGAGACGGGGUGGAGAAAAUGAGGAAUUCUCUAAUGUCAGAAGAGGGAGAGGGCAUAGAAUGCAACACUUGAGUGAAGGAUCCAAGGGUCGGCAAGUGGGAAGUGGAGGUGAUGGGGAACGCUGGGGCUCAGACAGAGGGUCAAGAGGCAGCCUCAAUGAACAGAUUGCUCUCGUCCUCAUGCGCCUGCAGGAGGAUAUGCAAAACGUCCUUCAAAGACUUCAUAAACUGGAAACGCUAACUGCUUCGCAGGCAAAAUCAUCAACAUUACAGACCAGUCAUCAGCCUCCCUCACAGAGACCAUCUUGGUGGCCCUUCGAGAUGUCUCCUGGUGCAUUAACUUUUGCUAUCGUAUGGCCUUUUAUUGCCCAGUGGUUGGUGCAUUUGUAUUAUCAAAGAAGGAGAAGGUGGGACGGAGCCACCAUGGUUUUUGAAGGAGAGAAGUAGCCUGACCAUUUUAUGUCUUAAGAGGGAAAAUCUGGUGGCAGUGAUUAUAGACAACAGAAUGAAGUUGAUGGUCCAGGAAGAGAGCUAGUAAAUUAAUGAAAAGGGAAAGAGGAGUUUCUUACAGAGGAUAGUGACAGAGAUGAAAAAGUGAGAAGAAAUUCUGCAGGGACAGUAUUGGCUGGACUUACCUGCCUGAAUGUAGGGGCAAGGUCUGUGCUAUCACGAAGGUGGUGGAAUUGAGAGAGGGAACAGAGGAAGAGCAAGCUGGACAAGUCCCAUUCUGACACACAGCUGGCCAGUGGAAAGCUGAGUAGGUACUUUGUCCAUGUGUCUGCUGCCUAAAGAAAGUCGGGAUUAGAGCUGGAUAUUUAGGAAGCAUCAGCAAGGACAUGAGCACUGAAGUCAUGGGAGAUAGGAGAUUAACAGGAAGUAGGUGUAGGGAAAAAAGGGUAAGUAAAGGGCAGGAUUGUGAAGAAGAAUCUCCAUGUUUGGAAGAGCUGAAGAGCAGAGGAGUAGCAACAAAGUAGUGAGAAUGAGAAGAAGCCGGUAUAUCUGACAAGAACAACAUCACUGAGGACUGUUAACAACAAAGUGUCAGUGACAGGCGCCUGACUGGAUCAGUCCAUAGAGUAUGCAACUCUUGACCUCGAGGUUGUAAGUUCAAGCCCCACGUUGGGUGCACAGUUUAUUUAAAAAUAAAAAUCUUAAAAAAAAGAAACAGUGUCAGUUAAAUGGAAGGAUAACAGUCAGACUGCCAGAGCAAAAAAAUAUCAGGCAAAGAAAAGAGGCAACCUUUGAGAAGGGAGAUGGUGAGGGGAACAAGGAUGGAAAUUAUUUUCAUGCUAAGGAGAAAGGCAACACAGGAAUAAAAAUAGAAGGGGUGGAGGGGGUGUGGGGAAGAUGAGACAGUUGAUCACCAAAGGAACCCAAAGAAAAGGGAAGCAACUGAUAAUAUCAAGGUGCUCACAUUAUGGACUGAACUAUUUUGCUCCGAGAAAAGACAUGUUGAAGUCUUAGUCCUGAGGUCCUUGGAACGUGCCAUUUGGAAAUAUGGUACUGGCACUUAUAAUUAGGUAGGUUAAGAUGAGCUCAUACUGGAGUAGGGUGGGCCCCUAAGCCAAUGUGACUAGUGUCCUUAUAAAAACACAGCCACGUGACCAUGGAGAAACAGGGAGAGCAGCAUAUGAAGAGGGAUGGUUUCAGUGUGGCACCUGCAAGCCAAGGAACGCCAAAGACUGCAGGCAAACCACCGGAAGCUAGAAGGGGUGGGGUAGUUCCUUCACACCUCUUGGAGGGCGCAUGGUCCUGCCCACACCUUGAUUUCACACUUCCAGCUUCCAGAACUGUCAGACAGGAAGUUCCUGUCGUUUUGAACCAUCGGUUUGUGGCACUUUGUUACAAUGGUCCUAGGAAACCAAUAUAGUUGGUUCCAGAAUGCAGGAAGGGAACGUUCUUCAGAGAGCAAAGGGGAAAAAGAGAGGCUAAGUAAAAAUGCUAUCCUGUCUUCCUAGGCUGCAUCCAGAAGACGGCUCAUUUCUGGCUUGACCUUUGUGGUAAGGGAGGAAUAAGUGAAGGUAAGCUCUAAUCAGGCUGCCGACUGAAGUUUAGGCCCGACUUUGUAUUCCUGAGCCAAAACUGGAACAGACCUGAGAAGACAUUUAGAGUGAAGAUAAUAGAGCAGGUGGACGGUAGGGUUUCUCUGGAUCACUGAGACUGAAACGGAAGGCAAAGAACAAAUGGCUGCAUGUCUUCUUUUACCAUAAUAAAUAAAUGCCAUAUUUAU